AUGGUCGAGGGGAACAUUCCCGGCGAGAGCAAUGCGCUCAUGGUGCAGGUGCCGGCCAUUGUCUUCUUCGUACUCACGCCCAUCUUCGUGGGCAUCCGGUUUUGGUCGAGGAUCAAGAUGAGAUCCGGCCUUGGUUGGGACGACUGGACCAUCCUGUUCUCGUUCGUGAGUCUACUCUACAAGAAACUCGGUACCAUUUUGUUCGCUGACGCUCCCAAGAUCUGCUGCCUGACUGUAUCGAUAUUGAUGAUGAUCUCCUGCGAGUAUGGGUUCGGCCAGCACAUUAGAAACCUGUCUAAACCUAAUAAGGUCAUGACUUUGCAGUUGUUCUACGUUGCACAGAUCUUCUACAAGAUCACCAUCAAUCUCACAAAGGCAUCGAUAUUACUCCUAUAUCUUCGCAUAUUCGUCCAGCGGUACUUCAGGAUUCUUUGCUACACGCUACUCAGCAUCAUCCUGGCCUACAUGGUAGCGACAUCGGCCUCUUCGAUAUGGCAGUGUACCCCUAUUCCGAGAGCUUGGGACAAGACUAUUCCGGGCACUUGUAUCUCGCUUACUAUGAACUGGUAUGCGAAUGCGGGAUUCUCUAUCGCUACCGAUAUCCUCAUCAUGGCAUUGCCGCAGCACGUUCUGUGGCAGUCGAAACUCCCUCUCAACCAGAAGAGGCUGCUCAUGAUUGUCUUUGCUCUGGGCCUUUUCGUCACGAUCACGAGCAUCUUACGUAUGACGACGCUGAACUUUUCCACCACAAGCCCAGACACCACUUUCGACAUUGCCUCCACGCUCUGGACAGUCGUCGAAGAUAACGUCGCCAUCAUCUGCGCCUGCCUGCCAAUGUGCCGUCUACCCUUGACCUACCUCUUCCCAACAUACUUCGCGACCAAGAAAGGGUCGUCUGCCGGCAGCUACAACACAGGCUCCGCGCCGCGAACGAACAACAGCAACUUCAUCCACGCCGGUACGAGCCGCAACGACUGGCACCCAUACCAAGGCCGCGAAGAGAAGAACGGGAUUCAUCUGACGAGCGUGCAUGCCAGACCAAAAGUUGGGGACGAUACGAGCGAGGAGUACAUCCUACCUACAGCCGCCGACGAAAGGCGUGUGAGGACUCCGAGCGAGGAGGUGGAGGAUCGGCGGGCUAUCAGGAAGACGACGGCGUUUCACAUGACUUAUGACGAAGAACGGCCGAGAGUAUGA